GCCGAUUCAGUGACCUGAGAGACACUAUGAGAUUCAACUUCCAAGAACCAGAUGAUACCCCAGAGCCACGUAGAUCUCCCACUCCAAAAGCUCCGAUUCAGUGGGUCCCUCUCCAAUCCCACCCGGUCUUCUCCUCUCCUCCUUCCUCCCAAGAUGAACCCGCCGUAUCUCAACGCUUUCCGAGAAACUUCAUGGCUUGGGACGGCGAUUCAAGGCUAUACUACUGGGAUUCAACUCGGUACCUCCUCCACCGCCUCUCUCUCCGCUUGGGUGAACCUGAACCUACCUCCGUCCUCGCCGCAGUCCCUUCCAAGGUGAUGCAACCAGAUCUCCAGGUGGCAUUCUCCGUUAAUAAAAUCUCUGUUAAUAAAUCUGGAUCUGCUGUGAUUCUCGCCGGCUCUGAUGGGAUAUGUGUGAUGUAUUUGUUUGGACGUGCUUCUGUGAUUGAAGAUAAUGUUAUUUGCAGGGUGGUUUCUGUUGGCUCAGAGAUUUAUUCUAGUGGUGAUAGUGCUAUACAUUUGCUACAAGCAUCUUGGCAUCCUGAUAGUGAUACUCAUUUGGGAGUUUUAUCCUCCGACGCAGUUUUCAGACUAUUCGAUUUGUCUUCUGAUGUUGAGGUACCGGAGCAAGAAUACUAUUUACAGCCUGUUGAACCGGGGAGAUCUAGAACGGCUUCAUCGAUUUAUCCUGCUGAUUUUAGUUUCGGUGGAGAUCAUCUUUGGGAUAGAUUUACUGUGUUUAUAUUGUUCACUGAUGGUUCGGUUUAUAUCUUGUGUCCAGUUGUUCCAUUUGGAAGUAUUUACAAAUGGGAAUCGAUAAUGGAGAUUUACAAUGAUGCAAAUAUGUUUGGGGUUAAGUCACCCAACUCAGUAGCUGUUAGCAACGCCAGUCUGGCAAUUGAUUGGCUGGAAGCUGUAUUUCCAGAUUUGACUGAACAAGGAACUAGAGGUGAUAAUAUAGUGGUAGUGAAAGCUCAUCCUUACGCGUUACUUGAUGCAUCAUUGGCUUUACAGGGCCCUUUAUACAAAGCAUCGAGCGGUGGAGGAAAUGAAGAUCUCGCUGUUAAGGAGGCAGAAUGUAAAGGCCGGGCAGUGAGUCUGUUAUAUAAUAUUGUCAGCAAAGAUUCGAUUCUUGUAACUGCCUGGAGCGGUGGACAAUUACAAGUUGACGCUCUGGUCGAUGAGAUCCAGCCAGUUUGGAUCUCUGGUAGCUCAUCUCGCCUUCGCAUGAACUCCCACAACAAAAUUCAAGGAGUUGCAAUGAUUUGUGAGUCAAACGUAGGUGAGCUUCCAGUAGCAACUUCAAACCUGCCGCUUGAUCACACUGUUUGGUUAGGGCUUCCGCCACCAUUGUUAAGGCUGGCAAUGGUUGAUUUGGCUCUACCAACUAAGCGUGAUGGUGGUUCUCUUGUUACCUUGUUCGCCGACUCCCUUUUGCCAGAACGAAUAUACUCCCUCCACGACGGUGGCAUUGAUUCAACAGUCUUACACUCUCUUCCCUUCACAAGUCAGGCCACUGGAAAAGAUGACGCUCUCAAAACACCAUCUGUUCACACUGUUCUGAGUACAUGCCAACAAGAAUCCGCCAUGUCUUCUCUGUUGGGCUUUGUACCUCUGUCAGAUUCGUUUGGGUAUGCAUGGAUCAUUGCAGUCUUAUCCUCAGGGGAAUGCGUUGUGGCAGAGAUGAAAACUUGGGAUCUCUUGCUUCCAAUUCAUGUCAGUACAGAUAAGAUAGAAUCCUCCAGCCCAAUAGAGACGAAAGAGCAAGAUCCCCCGUGCAUCAUAAGCAAGGACCUCCUUGCAGGUCCCAAAGUAAGAAUAGCGCCCCAUGCUUUACCUAACCAGCGUUCAACUCCAGCCAAUUCCGUAGAAGGUCGAUCAAUUCUGCAUAACUAUGUCAAGCUUUUCCAUGAAAACUACGUCGAAUAUGCGCACAAGGUCUUCUUCGAGUUGCAGCAUCAUGCUCCUAACCUGAAGAGAAUAAUCGAUGACCAACACGAGCGGCUUACUGAGGCAAAUCAGAAAAUGUCUAAACUUGAGAAGAAUCAAACCUUGUUGGAGAAAAGGAUCGAAAAAGCAAUUCAAAGACAUGAUUCUCUUGAGCAACGCUUGCAACGUCUCCGUAGCUUGCCUGGUACACACAAGAAACCUCUGACUAGAGCAGAACGGGAAUUUAAGUCAGAGCUAGAUCAAUUCGCUGGAGUUGAGGUGGAUGCGCUUCAAUCAUCUAUUGAAACACUGAGAGCAAGAGUGAAGAAAUCAGCUCAAAAAUCUCCAAAGAGCAGUGUCGGUGCAGGUACUCAGAGAAAACAAUAUUCAAAGAAAAACUACAUUCAAGAUACAGGAAUGUCACAGCUUCAGUCCACACUCGCCAAACUAUCCCUCCUGAACAGCGAUAACUCCAAGAAGGUCAAGAUCGUGGAAUCAGCGUUGAAGUCACAAGAAAAUAGUUUGAUCUAGUUAGUGUAACACUGGUACGUAAUUGUCAGUUCCUGGUUUGGCUAGAUUCUGUUUAAAACUUUGAAUCAAGUUGUCUAACUCUCUCCUUGUAAGUUUUUCUCUGCAAACUAUAUUACUUGGAACUCAAGCGACCAUGAAAGUUGAACUAGCUACUUAUAUUCGAA